AUGACAGAAAUUGAACAGGAUCCACCAACCGCUGCAAAACAAUCUCUCAGCCAUCUCAAUAACUCUUUACGCGAACCUUCUGCUUCCAAAUGUGCUGAAGAUAUCAACAAGGCCUACAGUUCCGAGCCUUGGUGGUAUGACUUGAGAGGUUUUUGUAUUUUAACGUUUGCUUAUCGAAGCACUUUGUGGCAUCAAAUGCGAUUCUUUGGUUCGCACAUGGGUCCGUAUCAUUUAGAAGUUGCAUGUGGUACAGGUACUCUUCUGCAAUUGAUUCUAAAAUGGAGAUUGCAAAAAGGAUUGCCUUCUCUGCAACAUGUCGUAGGAAUUGAUUAUGCUGAAAACAUGUUGGAAGGAGCGAAAUAUCGAUUUCGUCCGCGCACAAAUAGUACUCCAUGGUUGGACGAUACCAAGUUUGAGUUUUUACGGGUAGAUGCAGCUCAUAUGCCGUUCCCAGAUGCGCACUUUGACAGUGUGAAUAUUGCUAACUCCAUGCACUGUUUACCGGAUUUCGAGGGAUCUCUGAAAGAGAUGAUUCGAGUUUUGAAGCCUUACAACAACCAUGAUCAUAAUGUCAACAACCAAACGUCGACCACAGUGGGAACGCUAACUGGAAAUGUUUUACUUGUUCCAACUGGAAUAUGGCCAUUCAAACAAAUUGCAGAGAAAAUUAACAAGUGGGGCAUUCAAAAAGGAAUACUUGUUGCUGUCUACACAAAAGAGUUUGUUUUAGACAAGCUGAGGGAGCAAGGUUUGGAAAUUGUGCAUUUCGAAGUCCAUGGAAAUUGUUUGGAUUUUGUGGCAAGAAAAAUUAGUCAAUGA